UUUUUCUCCCCCCCCUCUGUCUCACAGUUCCAGUUUUGAGAGGCCAGGUUUCAGUGCUCACGGUGCCUACCUGGACUGGGGAAGUUGUGUGUGACGGUGUGUGGCUGGGAAGACAUGCCGAAUGUGGAACCAGUUUGUCUGCUUUGGGGAGAGUAUGCUUUCGCUGACUGAGGCACGGUGUAGGCAGUCCUACAGGAGUAAACGGCAGGGACCGAUAACAUUGUGUCGCAGCUCUCUCACAUUGGCGGUUAAACUCUUCAAUGGCUGAAUAACAAGAACAAACACAGUCAAAAUAGCCCAAUGGAGCCUAAGGUUUAAACAGAAUAACUGAUCAUUAAAGGCUGCUGUGAAAACAUCAGAAGGAUCAUGCCUGGUCACCGUAGGGGAAGGAGCCUCUCUGAGGGGCUGAUGCUGGAGGAAUCCGAAAAGGGAGGAUUGGUCGUCUCCAGCGUUAUCGGUGGCUCCUCUGGCAAUCAGGGUCUCAAAGAAGGAGAUGAAAUUGUGGGUGCCACAAUCAACUUUGACCAACUGUCGAAAGACGAUGUGUUGAAAAUACUGAAGCUGAUGGAUGAUAAUGGAUUUGAUGAGAAGGUUCAAGUUCUGACGAAAAAUAAUUUGAGCAAGAGUAUGGGGACCUUGGACAGCAUCAAAGCACCAGAGGAGAUGCUGAAGGAUUCAUAUAAUAGACUCUACAAUGCCAAAAUAAAUAGGUUCAUGAAGGAUGACAGCCCUGGACAACCUGCAGGUGCUGGGGAAAGAGGCUCUCAUAAUGGACACGUGAAGGGCAAGGGACCUCUCUGGGGCAAACCUAAAGUUAAAGGUGACCUCAAACCCCCUGUCCUCACCAUGGAUUACCCAGUUGUGGAGACACACAAAGUAGAUGCUCCUACCUACCUAGAGUCUCCAGACCUCAAAUUCUCUGCUCCAAAGCUAAAGGUUCCUAAACUUGAUUUCAAAGGAGCGGUACCUGAUGCUCGCGGUGGAGAACUUUCAUUGCCGAAUGCCAACAUUAGUACAUCAGAUCUCUCCCUGCCUCAUUUGAAUGUGUCACUAAACAUUGAUGCUCCAUCAGUUAACCUGGAAAGGCCAUAUCUUGAAACUGAUAUAGACGCUAUCGAUGCUCCAGAAUUUGAUAUGUCUUUGCCCAAAGAUGACCUCAAAGGCCCUGAUCUUGACCUGAAAGUUAUAGAUCCACUUCACAAAGUUAGAGGAGAUAUCAAUGUCCCGGAAGCAGAGCUCAAUCUACCAGAGGGGGUUGUCACUGGACCUACUUUAAAUAUCAAUGCCCCAAAGCUUGAUGAUGAAAGAACAGGCAAAAUGUUCAAAAUGCCCAAAUUUGGACCCAGUGUAAAUGUACCCAGCCUUGAGGUUGGUACACCAAAUAUGAGGAUCCCAGAUAAAGAUAUGCCAGGAGUUAAUCUUAAAGGUCCCCAACUAGACCUACAAGCACCAGAUGUUAAUCUCAAAGGUCCUAAUCUAGACCUGCAAGCCCCAGAUGUCAGCAUGAUGAAUAUGCCUUCAAGUAAAAUCAGAGUCCGCUCCUCCAAGAAACUGAAAAACCCAAACCUUGAUGUGGAUGAUCCCUCUGGUUAUUUUGAAUUGCCUAAGGUUAGGCUCUCUCGCAGAGUACCAAAAGGACCAGAUUUAGACAUUGAUGCCAUUUUAAAGACCCAAGACAUGCAUCUUAAAACCUCUUUGAUUGGUGCUCCUGACCUGAAUGUCCCUGAUGUAGAUUUACCUUCAGCAGACAUUAAAGGUUCCAAAAUAGAUCUAGAGUUGCCAGAUGCAAACAUUGGUAUCCCAUCUGGGAAGAUCAAAACACUGAGUCUUGGUAUGCCUGACUUUGAUAUAUCUGGACCAAGAGUUAGGACUCCAGACCUGGACCUCUCAGCGGAUGAGAUGUGUCUAUCAGACGUCUGUUUGCCUGACCUCAGUACUCCAGAUAUCGGCAUAACCUCAGGUAAAUUCAAACUAACGAAACCACAUGCAGAACUCAAAGCUCCUGAUUUCAAUGUGGAUGCCCCCUCUGGUAAACUGAAGAUGCCCACAUUUGGCUUCUCUGGCCUAAAAAGACCAGAUCUGGGCAUUGAUGCUGAUGUAAAAACACCAAAGCUAAGUCUCAAAGCUCCCAAGAUAAAAGGUGGACUUGAUGCACCUGACUUGGACUUACCCAAAGUCGACGUGAAAUCACCUAAAUUAGAUGCAAACACUCCAGAUAUUGACAUUGAUGCACCUUCAGGAAAAUUCAAAGUGCCAACGUUUAAGAUGCCUAAAUGUACCCUUUCGGGCCCUAGAGGCCAGAGGUUGGCAUUGAUGGAGAGUUGGAUGGACCAGACCUGAGCUUAUCAUCUUCCAAAUUAAAACAGCCAGAUGUGGAUGUUGGUAGUCCAUCUGGAAAAUUCAAGAUGCCAAUAUUUAAAAUGCCAGACUUUGGCUUCUCAGGCCCAGAUGUUCAAGGGCCUGACUUUGAGGUAAAGAAUCCAAACUUGGAUCUUUCAGCCCCCAAGUUUAAAGGGGGAAUUAGUCACCCAGAUUUGGAUCUGCCAGAUGUUGACCUCAAAGGCCCCAAAUUAGACCUCAAUGCACCAGAUGUAAACUUUAAUAUGCCCUCAGGUAAAGUCAAAGUACCUACAUUGAAGAAACCAAAGGUUGAUCUGAAUGCUCCUGAUCUGGACGGCCCCUCUGGUAACCUGAAAAUGCCCAAAUUUGGGCUGUCUGGUAAAAUGCCAAAAUCUCCCAAAUUGAAUCUCAAAGCUCCAAAGAUGAAGGGGGGAAUUAAUUUUCCAGACGCUGACCUCAAAUCUGCUAAACUAGACAUGACUGCUCCAGAUAUUGACAUCAAUGCACCCUCAGGGAAAUUCAAAUUGCCUAAAUUCAGAGGCCUGAAGGGACCAAAUGUUGACAUUAAUGGCGCUAUAGAGGGACCAGAUCUGAACUUGUCAUCUCCCAAACUCAAGGGUGCUAAAGCAGACCUCAACAUUCCAGAUGCUGAUAUUGAAAGUCCAUCAGGAAAAUUCAAAAUGCCAACUUUCAAGAUGCCAGAUUUAGGUUUAUCUGGACCAAAAGUUAAGGGGCCUGACUUGGGUCUUUCAGCCCCCGAGUUUAAAGGGGGAAUUAGUCACCCAGAUUUGGAUCUGCCAGAUGUUGACCUCAAAGGCCCCAAACUAGACCUCAAUGCACCAGAUGUAAACUUUAAUAUGCCCUCAGGUAAAGUCAAAGUACCUACAUUGAAGAAACCAAAGGUUGAUCUGAAUGCUCCUGAUCUGGACAUUGAUGGCCCCUCUGGUCACCUGAAAAUGCCCAAAUUUGGGCUGUCUGGUAAAAUGCCAAAAUCUCCCAAAUUGAAUCUCAAAGCUCCAAAGAUGAAGGGGGGAAUUAAUUUUCCAGACGCUGACCUCAAAUCUGCUAAACUAGACAUGACUGCUCCAGAUCUUGACAUCAAUGCACCCUCAGGGAAAUUCAAAUUGCCUAAAUUCAGAGGCCUGAAGGGACCAAAUGUUGACAUUAAUGGCGCUAUAGAGGGACCAGAUCUGAACUUGUCAUCUCCCAAACUCAAGGGUGCUAAAGCAGACCUCAACAUUCCAGAUGCUGAUAUUGAAAGUCCAUCAGGAAAAUUCAAAAUGCCAACUUUCAAGAUGCCAGAUUUAGGUUUAUCUGGACCAAAAGUUAAGGGGCCUGACUUGGGUCUUUCAGCCCCCGAGUUUAAAGGGGGAAUUAGUCACCCAGAUUUGGAUCUGCCAGAUGUUGACCUCAAAGGCCCCAAACUAGACCUCAAUGCACCAGAUGUAAACUUUAAUAUGCCCUCAGGUAAAGUCAAAGUACCUACAUUGAAGAAACCAAAGGUUGAUCUGAAUGCUCCUGAUCUGGACGGCCCCUCUGGUCACCUGAAAAUGCCCAAAUUUGGGCUGUCUGGUAAAAUGCCAAAAUCUCCCAAAUUGAAUCUCAAAGCUCCAAAGAUGAAGGGGGGAAUUGAUUUUCCAGACCUGAAUUUACCAGAUGCUGACCUCAAAGCCGCUAAACUAGACAUGACUGCUCCAGAUCUUGACAUCAAUGCACCCUCAGGGAAAUUCAAAAUGCCUAAAUUCAGAGGCCUGAAGGGACCAAAUGUUGACAUUAAUGGCGCUAUAGAGGGACCAGAUAUGAACUUGUCAUCUCCCAAACUCAAGGGUGCUAAAGCAGACCUCAACAUUCCAGAUGCUGAUAUUGAAAGUCCAUCAGGAAAAUUCAAAAUGCCAACUUUCAAGAUGCCAGAUUUAGGUUUAUCUGGACCAAAAGUUAAGGGGCCUGACUUGGGUCUUUCAGCCCCCGAGUUUAAAGGGGGAAUUAGUCACCCAGAUUUGGAUCUGCCAGAUGUUGACCUCAAAGGCCCCAAAUUAGACCUCAAUGCACCAGAUGUAAACUUUAAUAUGCCCUCAGGUAAAGUCAAAGUACCUACAUUGAAGAAACCAAAGGUUGAUCUGAAUGCUCCUGAUCUGGACGGCCCCUCUGGUCACCUGAAAAUGCCCAAAUUUGGGCUGUCUGGUAAAAUGCCAAAAUCUCCCAAAUUGAAUCUCAAAGCUCCAAAGAUGAAGGGGGGAAUUGAUUUUCCAGACCUGAAUUUACCAGAUGCUGACCUCAAAGCCGCUAAACUAGACAUGACUGCUCCAGAUCUUGACAUCAAUGCACCCUCAGGGAAAUUCAAAAUGCCUAAAUUCAGAGGCCUGAAGGGACCAAAUGUUGACAUUAAUGGCGCUAUAGAGGGACCAGAUAUGAACUUGUCAUCUCCCAAACUCAAGGGUGCUAAAGCAGACCUCAACAUUCCAGAUGCUGAUAUUGAAAGUCCAUCAGGAAAAUUCAAAAUGCCAACUUUCAAGAUGCCAGAUUUAGGUUUAUCUGGACCAAAAGUUAAGGGGCCUGACUUGGGUCUUUCAGCCCCCGAGUUUAAAGGGGGAAUUAGUCACCCAGAUUUGGAUCUGCCAGAUGUUGACCUCAAAGGCCCCAAACUAGACCUCAAUGCACCAGAUGUAAACUUUAAUAUGCCCUCAGGUAAAGUCAAAGUACCUACAUUGAAGAAACCAAAGGUUGAUCUGAAUGCUCCUGAUCUGGACAUUGAUGGCCCCUCUGGUCACCUGAAAAUGCCCAAAUUUGGGCUGUCUGGUAAAAUGCCAAAAUCCACAAAACUGAAUCUCAAAGCCCCAAAGCUAAAGGGGGGAAUUGAUUCCCCAGACAUGAAUGUACCAGAUGCUGACCUCAAAGCCCCUAAACUAGAUGUGAAUACCCCAGAUCUUUACAUAAAUGCACCUUCUGGGAAAUUCAAAAUGCCCAAAUUUAAAAUGCCUAAAUUCAGGGGCCUAAAGAGACCAGAUGUUGACAUUGAUGGAGACUUAGACGGCCCAGAAAAAGAUAUCAAUGCCCCCACAGCUAAUCUCAAAGGACCCAAAACAGGUCUAAAAAUGCCUGAUUUGAAGAUGCCUGAUUUCGGGCUAUCUGGGCCAAAUGUAGAUGCACCUGAUUAUGACUUACCUGAUAUUGAUCUCUCAGCCCCAAAGCUAAAAGGGGGAAUCAGCCCCCCAGAUUUGAGACUACCUAAGGAUCAUCUCAGAGGGCCCAAACUAGACCUCAAUGCUCCAGAUAUGCCCUCAGGUAGAUUCAGAGUUCCAACCAUAGAGAGGCAAAAUGGUAGCAUCAAAACCCCUGGUUUUGACAUCAGCACUCCUACAUUCAAAAUACCCGAAAUGCCUAAAUUUAUGUUGUCUAGACCAAAAAGACCAGAUCAAGACAUAAGUGCUGACAUAGGUUUGAAAUUGUCAAAGAUGAAAGGUGGGAUUGGUUCACCGGACCUGGACCUACCUACAGUUGACCUAGAAGCCCCUAAGAUAGAUGUAGACACUCCAGAUAUGAACAUUGAUUCCCCCUCUGGGAAUUUCAAAAUGCCCCACCUCAAAAUGCCUAAAUUCAGCCUUUCUGGUCUGAAGGGUCCAGAUGCUGGAAUAGAUGGAGACAUUGAUGGACCGGACCAGAGCUUGUCAGCCCCGAAAGUAAACACAGGGAUCGGUAGUCCAGAUUUAGACAUAAAUGUUCCCUCUGGAAUUCUCAACGGCCCCCAAGCUGAUCUCAAUUUGCCAGACAGUGACAUUUCUAUACAAUCUCGAAAAUUCAAACUGCAAUCCUUUAAAUUGCCUCAGUUUGGAAGUCCCAACCUAAGGGCAGGUACAGAUAUGGACUUUAUGAAAACACAUGACAUUUCUCCUCCAAAGGCUAAAGUGGAUCUAAAAGCACCAGACUUGAAAGUUAGUCACCCAGAUGUCAGCCUGAGCUUACCCAAAGCUGAUAUCAGAGGCCCAGAAUACAAAGUGUCAUCUCAUAGUAAACACAGAUCUGAUAUCCCAGGUGGAGCGCAUUUAAAAUUGCAAGCGAUGGACAUAGAUACCGAAGAGACACUUCCACACACUGAUAGGAAGUCUAGGAAGGUCAAAGGAAGGGCCAGUUAUCCCAUUGCAGAUAUAGACUUGCCAAAAGUUGAGUACGAAGCAUCUGGUUUGGAGCUGCGAGGUUCAGACCUUAACGAUCCCACAGGGAAAUUAAAAAUUCCCAAAUCUAAGACUAAAUUGGGUAGUCAUACAAGAAUACCAGACCUUGAUGUAGACUCAAGUCUUUCCAGUAUUAAUGCCUCAGUCCCUAAACUCCCACAGCCAGGGUAUGGAGUAGAGGUUUCACAGACAGAUUUAAAUUUGAGCAGAACUGACCUCAAGGGCAAUAAACAUCAUAGCAAAGCCCCAGCUGGUGAAACUGGCAGAACAAAAAGGAGAAGUCCAAAACAGUCUGAAAUUGUAAUGUCUAUGCCAAAUUGUACUCAUGGUUCAAACCCCAAAAUGUCUGAAGAUCAAGAAGGAUAUUUUGUCACUGCAUUUCCCAAACAUGUCAAAGGGGAUGUACCAGACGGAACUGGGAGCCUGAAAAAUCGGCACAAGGAAGAGUCAAACCGUCGAUCUCAAACACUCAGAAGUCUCGAUUUCAGUGCAUCAAAUGUGGACCUUGAAGUUCCAGAAGAUGAGAACUUAAAAGGGUCAACAUUCUGGCUUUCAAAGCUUAUAUAGCAUUCAGACAACUGACUAAAUGUCAUUUUAGGCUUGUUUGAAUCACAAUCUUCUGUUGAAACAUAAUGCAGAAAAUGUCUGUUACGUAUAAAACAAGCAUCAGAUUAUUUUCACAUAUUUGUACUUUUUUUAAUGUAAAUUGUUUGGCAUUUGUUAUGAACAUGUUGAGAACGAAUGUGUAAAGCUUUCUUUUGUCAAGGGAUUUUAAAAAAUGUAUGAAAGGUUUAUGUCUGCUGAUAAGCUAUUUGAAUGGUAUUUUUACUCUACACUUGCUACAUUGUAAUACAAUAAAAUGGUAUUUAGUAACCUUUAUAAAA